GAGAAAUUCCAGGCUCAUGUGCAGAUCCUGAAGGACAGGAGAGAAAAGCUCCAGGGGCUGAAAAUGGCCGAGGAAGGGAAAAGCUUGGAUUUCCUUGAACGGGUGGAAAGGGAGAGGCAGAAGGUUGUGUCUGAAGUCAAGGAGCUACACCAGUUGGUGGAGGGACAGGAACGUCUCCUCUUGGAGCGGCUGGCGAAGCUGGACCAGGAGAUCACGAGGAGACAGGAGGAGAACAUCAACAGGCUCCUGGAGGAGAUCUCCUCCGUUGGCGAGCAGAUCCGAGAACUGGAGGAGAAGUGCCAGCAGCCGGCGUGUGAAUUCCUGCAGGACAGCAGAAACAUCUUGAGCAGGCUUGAGAAGGACGGUGCCCAGAAGCCAGCGGAGACGUCGGCUGAGCCGGGAGAGGAACCCACCGGCUUUCCUCAGAAAAAUAUCGCCCUCAAGGAGACGCUGAUGAAAUUUCAAGCGAGUCUGACGCUGGAUCCAGACACGGCACAUCCCCGGCUGGUCCUCUCCGCGGAUCGCAAGCGGGUGAGAUGGGAAGACACCCGCCAACCCGUACCCGACCACCCCAAACGUUUCGACGCCUCCCGCUGCGUCCUGGGCCGCGAGGGGUUCGGCGGGGGGAGGCAUUACUGGGAGGUGGAGGUGGGCGACGGGGAAGCCUGGGCCGUUGGGGUGGCCAAGGAGUCGGUGGGGAGGAAGGGACGCAUCAGCGUCAACCUCAAGGUGGGGAUUUGGGCGGUGGUGGGGCAGUGUGGGAGCCGGUACCAGGCUCUCACCUCUCCCACCAUCCCCAUCACCCUGCCCGUUGCCCCCAAAGUGAUUGGGAUCUACCUGGACUACGAGGAGGGGCGAGUGGCCUUUUUCGACUCCAACAACGAGACGCCCAUCUUCACCUACCCCCCGACCUCCUUUGCCGGGGAGAAAAUCCUCCCCCUGCUCUGCCUGGGGAGGGGGUGCCGGUUCACGCUCUCCCCUUGA